AUGGCGGCAAUCGACCGGGUACUGCUUUCUCUUUUCAGUGGCGGUGGAUUGUGCGGGUGCUGCAAGCCGGAGACAUCAAACUCAGUGGCUAUGGACAUUCUGCAGCUGAAGUCCUACCAAGACGAGUGGGAUCGGACUCAACGCGCCAUAGAGCUGGCCAAGCGCGAGCAGGUGGCCAAGGAGGCUGAAAUCCGCCAGCGCGCGGCCAGCCGUGCCGCAGAGCUUUUGGCGGAGCGUGGCGACCUGGAGGAAACCAAAGCCGAGCCCGUCAUCACAAUGAAUUUGUAG